CUUUGUGUAAAAGUAUCAUUCAGCAAAAUGAAGUUUAUCGUAAUUCUAGCUGUGCUUUGCUUCUGCGUACAAGCAAGCCUGCAACAGAACUUUGUACAAAGCUUCAAUCAAGGUUUCGGACAAAGCUUUAAUCCGGGCUUCGGGCAAGGCUCAAAUCAAGGCUUCGGGCAAAGCUUCAAUCCGGGCUUCGGGCAAGGCUCAAAUCAAGGCUUCGGGCAAAGCUUCAAUCCGAGCUUCGGGCAAGGCUCCAAUCAAGGCUUCGGGCAAAGCUUCAAUCCAGGCUUCGGACAAGGCUUCAAUCCGGGUUUCGGACAGGGCUUCAAUCCAUGCUUCGGACAAAGCUUUAAUCCAGGCUACGGGCCAAACCAAGGAUGUCAAUGCAUGCAAGGUGGCGGUGGUGGAUGUGGCAGCAGUACCAAUCCUGAAAUUCUAAUUACACUUUAUAAAAUUAUGUUUCACCUAACAACUACGACAACUACCACAACAACUACUACAACAACAACUACAACAGCAGCACCAGCAGCCAAGAAAAAAUAAAAAAGUUCGGCUUUUGCGAAAAUGUUAUUUGGUUUAUUAAAUUUUUUGACAGUAAAU